UUCACGCCGCGUUCGCGCCCUUCGCGGCCUCAUGGAGUCCAGUUUCAAGCCAAAGCAAGCCACAUGGGAAGAUGGCUACAACGGUGAAGGCCAUCACGAAGUCAACUUGAUCCAAUUGGAGAAGAAACUGCAGAAUCUGCACGACUUGGUGGAGACGCGCUUUGAAGAGCACUUCAAACUGCUGCAAGCGUCGCUCAACAGGUCGGCCAAAGCCGAUGUUGAUGAGGACUCUCAAGUAGAGUCGAUGUAUGAAGACAGCCAGGACUUCGAAAGAGAUGCUCACAUUGCCAACAUGAUGGUUCCCGCCGCCAACACUGAGAAGUCGGAGGCCUCAGAGGCAGACACUGCAGCGGACAGGUGUCACAAGAAGAGUUUGAGCAUGCAGACCCAGGGGAUCAAAAAGGGCGACUGGAAAAGUUUGGUCAUAGAGAAGUUGGGCCGCCGUACUCGUCGGCUUCUUAGGCUCGCAGAGUCUCCGGCCGCCGACGGACCUGGGAAUGGCAAGCGGGCCGCCAUCGUGGUGCAUACAAAGCGGCCGGAUGAACAGAUUGAGAAUCAGAGCAAAGUGCGGAAAUGGGCUGGAUAUAUGGUCUACUCCCCGCUGUUCUCGUACACCAUCACCUUGUUGAUCUUGCUGCACGUGAUUUUGCUUGGGGUCGAAGUGGAUCUUUCAGCCUCAGUAGCGCUGGAAGAUAUGCCAUCCUGGUUCAGUACAUUCAACGCUGUCAGCGUCACAUGCUUCGUCAUUGAAUUGAUCCUUAAGUUCGUUGCACUUGGCUGCACUGGAUUCUGGUACGGCUCAGAUGCCUAUUGGAAUAUCUUUGAUUUCAUAGUCAUUGCCGUUAGCGUGGUUGACGUGGUCCUGGACUUUUGGGCCAGGCUGCUAUCUCCUUCCAUGAGCACGGGUCAGCUGAGGCUGCUCCGCAGCAUCCGCUUCGCGCGCGCCUUGCGCAGCAUUCGCAUCGUCCGACUCUUUCGGUACAUCGGCGCCCUGCGGACCUUGGCUCUCAGCAUCCUCAGCACCAUGGUGUCGCUCUUUUGGACCUUAGCGCUCUUGAUCAUUAUUUUCUAUAGCUUUGGCGUAGUCUUAACGCAGCUGGUGGUGGAGCAUUGCCGUUUCCUGGGCAUGGAUUCAGGCGCUGGCAAGGUAGCUCCCAUGUCCUACUGCCCUGGAGAGCUGAGAAAAUAUUGGGCGAAUGUGCCUGAGAGUAUGCUAACACUCUUCAUGGCUAUCUCUCAAGGCCUGAACUGGGAAGAUGCCAUGGAGCCCCUGCGCGACGUCUCGGUCCUGGCCGUGGUGCUUGUGAUCCUCUAUGUAGUCAUCACAGUCUUUGCUAUUCUAAAUGUGGUCACGGGCGUUUUCUUGAACACCGCUAUCGAAAGUGCCGGGGCCGACAAAGACGUCGCGACCAUUCGACAGGUUCAUGCGAAAGCCCAGCAGGUGGAAGCACUGCAGCAGAUCUUUAGGGAGAUCGAUCGUGAGAACGACAACGAGGUGAAUUUCGAGGAUGUGAGGAAUGCCAUGUCUUCAGGGGAACUCUCCAGUUUUAUGGAAUCUCUGGGCAUUUCCACCGAUGAUGUGAGGACCUUAUUCAUGCUACUGGACUCGGAACAUAAAGGGCUUAUUGAUUUGGAUGAGUUUGUGUCUGGCUGUAUGCAGCUCCACGGCCCUGCCAAGAGUAUGCAGAUGGCUAAGAUGAGCUACGAAAAUAAGCUCACGCGUCAGGCGUUGCAGAGCUUGAAGAAGGAGAUUCUGAAGAUGAGGAAGGGCCUGAAACCAAGCAACAAUAUCUCCACACAGGAGGAUGAGGACACCACCACAGAGCAGUUCUGAGGGCACUGGCCGCCACCGGCCUCUCAAUGGAGGAUGUGCACUGGCCAGUGUGCCGCAACUGUCGCGAAGUCUUGGGGCGGAAAUAGUUUUGA